CCUCACACCUUCCAUUUGCUUUAGUAAUCUUUUAACUUUUUUAUAACUUUAUGAUAUCUCCAUCAUCAUUGAUCAUGGCUGUUGAUUCAACUCUCUCCUCCGCAGUUGGUGCCUCCGUUAGUGAGAAAGACGCCAAAGCUCUUCAGUUCAUUGAAGAGAUGACAAAGAAUGUUGAUUCUGUUCAAGAGAGGAUUUUAGGUGAGAUCUUAAGUCGAAAUGCCGACACUGAGUACCUCAAACGCUUCCAGCUCAAUGGAGCUACGGACCGAGACACAUUCAAGUCCAAAGUCCCUGUUGUCACUUACGAGGAUCUUCAGCCUGAAAUCCAACGUAUCGCCAAUGGUGACAAGUCUCCCAUCUUAUCUUCUCACCCCAUUUCAGAGUUUCUGACCAGUUCUGGGACUUCAGCUGGAGAAAGGAAGCUGAUGCCAACAAUUCAUGAAGAGUUGAAUCGUCGGCAACUCUUGUAUAGUCUUCUCAUGCCUGUAAUGAAUCUUUACGUGCCGGGAUUGGACAAAGGGAAGGGUCUUUAUUUCUUGUUUAUAAAAGCUGAAACAAAGACCCCUGGAGGGCUUCUGGCACGCCCUGUUCUUACCAGCUACUACAAAAGCGACCACUUUAAGAGCAGACCAUAUGAUCCUUUCAAUGUUUACACCAGCCCCAACGAGACCAUUCUUUGCCCCGACUCGAUCCAGAGCAUGUACGCCCAGAUGCUCUGCGGCUUGAUCAUGAGGGAAGAGGUCCUUCGUGUUGGUGCCGUCUUCGCUUCUGGCCUGCUCAAGGCCGUUCGUUUCCUGCAAGUCAACUGGAAACAAUUUGCUCAUGACAUCGAAACCGGAACUUUAAACCCUAAAGUCACUGAUCCUUCAGUUCGUGAAUGUAUGAGCAAAAUCUUGAAACCUAACCCAGAACUUGCUGCUUUCAUUACCAAGGAAUGCUCAGAGGAGAACUGGGAAUGCAUCAUCACUAGAAUUUGGCCCAACACAAAGUACCUUGAUGUGAUCGUAACUGGAGCUAUGGCUCAAUAUAUUCCCACCCUUGAAUAUUACAGUGGUGGCUUGCCGAUGGCUUGCACCAUGUAUGCAUCCUCAGAGUGUUAUUUUGGUCUUAACCUCAAGCCAAUGUGCAAACCAUCCGAGGUUUCAUAUACUAUCAUGCCAAACAUGGCCUAUUUUGAGUUCUUGCCUCAUGAUGACUCGUCCGCUCAAGAUUCAUCUCGUGACUCACCCCCACGCCUCGUUGACCUCGCCGAUCUAGAAGUUGGGAAAGAAUAUGAACUCAUUGUCACUACUUAUGCCGGGUUGUGCCGUUACAGAGUCGGCGAUAUCCUCCGAGUCACCGGUUUCCACAACGCGGCCCCGCAAUUCCGUUUCAUUAGGAGGAAGAACGUGUUGCUGAGCAUCGAUUUCGACAAAACCGACGAGUCCGAGUUGCAACAGGCCAUCGAAAACGCUUCCGUCUUGCUAAAGGAAUUCAACACCAGCGUUGUUGAGUACACGAGCUACGCGGACACCAAACAAAUACCAGGUCACUACGUUAUCUACUGGGAAUUAUUCGUAAAAGACGCUGCUAAUGCCCCAACGGACGAAGUUUUGAGCCAGUGCUGCUUUCAAAUGGAGGAAUCAUUGAACGUAGUGUACCGUCAGUGCCGAGUUGCAGACUCAAUCGGCCCACUGGAGAUAAGAGUAGUGAAGAACGGCACAUUCGAGGAGUUAAUGGACUAUGCAAUUUCAAGGGGUGCUUCCAUUAAUCAAUACAAAGUUCCAAGAUGUGUCAGCUUCACUCCAAUCAUGGAACUUCUCGACUCAAGGGUGGUUUCAAAGCAUUUCAGUCCAGCUUUACCACACUGGACCCCAGAACGCCGUCGUUGAGCACACUUGGUAUGAACGGAAAGAAUAAAAGUUGAAGAAACAAUCUGCCUUGCUACCAACCAAAACAGCAACAGCAUCUUUUCUGCAACAGAAAAAAAAAUAUUCAGAGAGACAAUUAACAGUGGUCUCCUUAUGUUGUAAAAUUUUUAAUUUAGAAAUGUGUCUUUUCUUCUUUCACCAUGUAAAUGCUUUUGGGUUUGUUGUCCAUUUCAUGUUUCUCUGUCACUGCCUGUCGUCCUUUGCAAUCGUUUCUUAGAUCUGUCUUUUCUUCCAUAUCAUCACGAUGAUCAAGAAAAGACAUUAAAGUUGUAAGUCAUGAAUAUGAAACUACAAUAAUAAUGUCAAACGUUUGUAAA